AUGAUAAACUCAGAUUAAAUGAGAAAGUCAAGUUCCCAAAGUGCUAUUAUAAGCACAAUGUAGAAUCAAAGAUUUUACUGUAGCUAAAAAUUAAAGACCCCCAAUAAGGAAUUCUUAAAAAGCAAUCGAAGUUAAGUUUCUGUCUCAGAAUAGCAAGACAGUAAGUCCAGAGUGAAUACAUUAUUUGAAAAAAUUAAAGCUUAAAAUACGAAUAUUCAUAAGUCAGAAAACAACCUUUUUUUAAAAGUAGAAGGAGCAAUCUUAGAAUUGUAUAAUUAAUAUGAACAAAAUUAUUAAGGACUUGGAUCACUUGACAGAAUUAAGACAGUUUAAGAAAAUUUAUCAGUGGAAUUCAAAAAAUAAAAUGAUUAACUAAUCAAGACAUUUGAUGGUUUAAAGUUAUCAGACUUAUAAUAAAAUGGAGUUAAUCAAAUAUAAAUUGAUAGAUACUAAUUUUAUUAUUUCAGGUUAAGAAUUUUAGAUAAACAUACACCAAUUCAUAUUCACUUACAAUUACCAGAAUCAUUAUCAUUUUUAUUAUUUAAAUUGAUGCUUUCUGUUAAAAUUGAAUUUCCAACUAAAUUUAAUGCAGAUUAAAUAAUCUAAAGUAAUUAUGCAAAAGUCUAUUCAAGUAAUCCACAUGCUCAUUAUUUUAAAGAAGAAUUCCUUUAUUUAACAUUUUAUUCUCAUGUUGAUUUUAUAUUAAAGAUAUAAGUUCAUUUUGGAUAAUUGAAUACUGAAAAAACCCCAUCUCGCCAAAAUUAAUCUAGAUCACCUAAAUUAAAAAUGGUUCAUAGUGAAAAUGCUAAAUUUAUACAUACUCCUGAUAGAAGAAGAGAGAAGAAAGGGUAUUCUUAGAUAAAAUCUAAUAUUUAUUAAUCAUCUAUAGAAAAAGAAACAGAAUGCAGUAGAGUAUAGACUGAAAAUUCAGAUAAAAGAAAAUUUAUUAAAAUAUAACCAGUUUAAUCUAAAUUAAGCACAUUAUUAACAUUAAUAGGAAAAGAAUUUUAAGGUAUGACAAAAGAGGAAAGAUUAAAAAAGAUUGAAGAACACUAAAUCUAAAAAAGAAAAGAAUUAGAAUAAGAUUAUUAAAAUAAAUAAAAAACAUUUAUGUAUGAAUUAGAAAAAAGAAAAUUAUUAAUAGAAUAACAUUCUAAAAUUAAAAAACAAAAAAUUGAAUUAGUAUAGCAAAAUAAAAAAAAUAAUUAUACUGAAAGAUAAUAAUAUAUUAGAGAUAGAUUAUUAUUAUAAGAAUAAAUGUCUUAAUUUAGAGAAAUAGAACGUUCUUUUAGUAUUAGAAAAGCUUAUGCAUAUAAAGUAUCAUUAAGUUGGGGUAGAUUAAUAAAAUAUAUCCUUUUUAUUGAUACAUUAUAUAAUAUGAUAAAAGUAUUAGAAAAUUUAUUUAAAUUAUUUAGGAUAAUAAAAGAAAAUCUAAAAUAUAAGCAAGAGGUAAAUUAUUGGUUUGGACUCUUAAAACUAAAGCAUUAAUUUCAGCAAAAGAUUAUGGUUAUUCAACUAAAGAAAGAACAAUAACAAAAUCUUGUAUUGCUUUGUAGAUUAUAGCUGUCAAUUUAAGAAAAAAAAUUAAACUAAAAUCUCAAAUAAUUUUGACUAAAUAUCUUAUUUAAAUGAGAUUAGCAGUCACUAUAGUUCAUUAACAUGAUAAAACUUUAAAAAAAAGUAAUAUAAAUUUAUUAUAUAUAGUAAUUUAGAUUUAAAGGAAUUUUAGAAAUUUAAAACAAAAGAAAUUAACUUUUAGAGAUAAAUUCUUUAAAUUAAUAAAAGAUAACAUUAAUUAAAUUAUUGAUGAGCUCUAAAGAUAAUAAGGUAAAAAAACAUUUUAUGAUCUAAACGAUAAACCUGUAUAGUAAAUAGAUAUGUAAUAUAAUAUAAUUAUUUUUAGUCUUUGCAUAAAUUAGUUGAUCGAUGAAUAUUAAAAAUAAAAAAAGUAGAUUUGGUAUGAAUAUAUAAAUAAUAAAUUCUUUGAAAAAGAUUUCCAUAAAGUAUCAUUUUAUAAAAUAUUUAGAAAAUGAAAGAUUUUGCAAUUAAUUUGAAAGAACCUUAAUUAUAUGAAGUUCCUAAAAGAAAGGAAUUGAUGUAAAUAAUUGAGAAAUAUGGUAAGAUUAAAAAAUUACUCUGAUUAUAUAUAUAAUUAAUGAUAAAAAAUAGAUUACUUUAAAGAAGUUCUUCUAAACUAACUCAAUCUUAAACAUCUUUAAUGAAUUAAUCAAUGACUAUGUAAUCAAUUAUUCAAUAUUUAUAGAAUUAACAGUAUUAAAAGAUAGUCAUCAAUUCUUUCAUUAGAAAAACAGACUGAAGAAAAUGGUACUACAAAAUUAAUGAAAAAGAUAACUUAAAAAUAGACUCAUGGAAGUAUGGAUGAUAUUUCAAGAUUAUUGCCUUUAAAUGAUAAUCUGAUAAAUGUUUAUAAUGAUUUUGAAGAUAAUUAUAGAGUUGUUAGAGAAUCAAACAAAUUCAAAUGUGAAGCACCUUAAACAAGUAAAUAAGAAAUUAUCUAAAUUAAUACUUCUAAUAUUUUAAAAGUGGCAGAUGGUUUACAUUUAUGCGAUUUAAAUCCUGAAAAGCUGAAUCGAAUAUAAAUUUAUAGAUUUAGAUUUUAUUAUUUUAGAGCUAGAGUGAAGAAUAAACUAAACCCUUUAUAAAUGUAUUUUACAUUCCCUGAUAAAACAUAAAAUUAAAUUUAUAAAGUGUUUUUAUCAACAACUGUUGAAUUUCCAACUAAAUUCAAUUGUGAACAAUCUACUUCUAGUAGAUCAAUUAAAGUGAAAACUAAAUCAGGCACUAAAUUUUUUAUUGAGGAUUAUAUUUACAUAACUCUAUAUGCUGAAUCAGAUUUCAUUAUAACAAUGCAUUUAGUAUUUGGAGAAUUUCAUAAUUCAAUUUUAAGUGCAAAAUAAUAAGAACCUUAAAGAUAUUAUAAAUAUUGGGAUGAAGAUAAAAAAAGUAUGUCACCCAAAAAAGAUAAGAUCCUAUAAAACUUAGAUUAAUCUCGAUAUAAAAGUACUUAAAAACUAAAAGAUUUUUUAAAGGGAGCAGGUAUAAAUAUAAAUAAUAUAAAAUGUAGAAGUUAGUGCAAAAAAGAUAAUUACAGUAGUUUAAAAGGGAAAGUAAAUUGAAAAAGAGAGAUAAGAAGAAAGAAGCAUUAAAAUGUUAGUAAAAUCAUAAAUUCAAGAAUUUCGUAAAGUUGAAAAAAGUAUUUUAUAAUAAAAAUUCGAUAAAUAAUAUUAAUGCAAAUAAUGGUAAUAAAUGAUUUCAUUAAUUGAAAUUUGUGGAUAAGUUUAUAAUAUUUUAUAUGUAAUUAUUAUAAAUAAUUUAGGAAAGAAAAAGAAGGCUAAGAAUUUAAGCAAAAGCAAAGUUAAUAGUUUUAAGAUUAAGAACAAAGUUAUUCAUAGAAGUUUAAUAAUUUGGACAAAAUCCAUUUGAAAGAUGCAAUAAUAAAUCUUUAUUAUUAUUAAAGACUAUAAGUAACCAUUUAUAAGAAAAUUCUAAAAAAAGAGCUCAAAAAAUUGCGACUGAUUUUUUGAAAAAGACUCUCAUAUUUUAAACUGCUUUGAUUGCUCAUCAUAAAAUGGUUUCAAAAGGUACAAUAUAUCUUUAAUGUAGUAAGAAUGAUUAUUAAAGUAUUUAAAACUAAAAAGUUUUAGAAACGGGCUUUUAAGGAUAGAUUUUGGAGAUUAAUUAAAAAUUAUUUUGGUCAAAAUAAUGGGCCUUAAUUAUUUGCUACAUCUUAAGUUAAAGUGAUUCAAAUAGAUAAACCAUUAAUGUCCAAAUUAAUCGAGUAAUAUAUUCAAAAUAGGAAAUUAUAAUGGUCUUAAUCAUAUAAAUAAAAUAAAUAAUCUGAUGACAAAUUAACUCGAAUUCCAGAAAUAAUUAUAUUUUAAUUACCUAAUGAUAAAGAAUUAAAGUAAAUCAUGAAGGAAUAUUAUGUCUAAAAGAAAUACAACUGA